UCUUCAAAGGCAGUGGUUUUAGAGGGGGAGACGGUACAUCUCCUCCCCCGCGUGACGCAGUCUGUAAUCUGGCUACUUGACAUCACUUCCGUGUUCUGAAGUUAGGUAGGCUGUGGACCCCAGAGCUAAUCACGCAGCCUGUCGUUACUAUGUUUAUUAUGUUUUUCUAUUUUAACUAACACACGUCGUCUCGCGGAGGUUUCUGAAAACUGUCUAACAUGGCUUGCGCCGAGUCGAAAGUCGACCUGGAGACGGUUCCUCUCACCGCGCUGAAUGUGACUGUGAGGAAAAAGUUGGGACUUUACCUGAAUCCCAGAAAUGCAGUGGCCGCGGACUGGAUGGCUGUAGCAGAGGCCAUGGACUUCAGUUACCUGGAGAUAAGGAACUAUGAAGUGGCACAAAACCCCACCACAAGGAUCCUGGACGAGUGGCAGGCUCGGUCCACAGAUACGACAGUGGGGAAGUUGUUGUCAAUCCUGAUGAAGGUGGAGAGGAGUGAUAUUAUAGAGGAUCUUCGCUCUUUGAUAGAUGAAGAUGUCAGGAGGUACUGUGAGAAUCUGAAGAAGAGGGGGAGUGAUCCCCCACUUCAGGUUCCUGAGGUGGACAGCUGUGUCCCUCGCACCCCUGAGAGAAACGGUAUCACCCUGGAGGAUGACCCCGAAGGUUCUCCUGAGCUGUUUGAUGCCUUCAUCUGCUACUGCCAGAGUGACUUCGACUUUGUCCAUGAGAUGAUCCGGGAGCUGGAACAGACGGAGUACAGGCUGAAGCUGUGUGUGUUCGACAGAGAUGUCCUCCCGGGCUCCUGUGUGUGGACCAUCACAAGUGAACUCAUUGAGAAGAGGUGCAAGAGGAUGGUGGUGGUUAUAUCUGACGAAUACCUUGACAGCGAUGCCUGCGACUUUCAGACCAAGUUUGCUCUCAGCCUCUGCCCUGGAGCUCAAAAGAAACGGCUCAUCCCAGUGGUGUACAAACCAAUGACGAAGCAGUUCCCCAGCAUCUUACGCUUCCUCACCGUAUGUGACUACACCAGGCCUUGCACACAGGCGUGGUUCUGGGUACGGCUGGCCAAAGCUCUUUCGCUGCCAUAAGCAUGGACUGUGCAGUUAAUUGUAUUUUUAAGUGCCUUUUCAUUCCAGCUAAUAGAUCAUGUUGGACAGUGGUCAGACAUUACAGGUUCAAGUCUGUGCCAUUGCUUGUGAUCCACAUCCUGCUGGCAUCUGAAUCCACCUGCGAUUUCCUGUGUGUGUAUGGUAUGUAUUUCAGUGCUACCAUAUGUGCUUCCUGUUGAAGACGACACAGUGAUUUCUGUACAUUAUGAUUACCAAACUUAAGCAAGGACACCAAACGUCAGCAAAGUUUUCACAAUGCAUGAAUCACGCAGUAUUUAUGAUGUUCUUAGCAUUUCAAGAAUGUAAGUUGUGCCUGCCUGUCACUAUUUUGUAAUUAUUUGAGUAAUAAUGGUGAGGAGGAUCUCUGUGUUUUUAGGGCACCAUGUACAAAACGCUCUGUAAAAGCUGUCUCUUUUUUGUACCGGCCACUUCCUUUAUGAGUCAACGUCUAGGUGAGAUUGUAGCUUAAAGAGGAAGACAUAUUGUGAUUGUGAUACUUCCACACGUUGAGCUUUACUGACUGCUUUCUCUCACUUUCUCUGUCACUGUGAUGCCUUUACAUUUGGUUUUGUAUUUUUUAUAGUCUUUUCAGAAACGUUUCAUAAAAAGAGAAUUUAUUGUUCCUUGAAUUAAUGUUUUCAAUACAGUUUCUUCAAAAUAAAUUAAAUAAAUUUUUCAA